AUGUGUGAAGAAGAAAAAAACUCUGAAGCGUUCAUUCAGCGCACAGUUCUACUCGACAUUCCUGCUCGAUUACAAUGGGAAAAUGGUCACGGUUACUGUGGUGAAACGGCUAUACAAGCUUUCGGUCUUUACUAUGGUGCUUGGAUCUCUCAACAACUUGUUCGUAAUAUAAACAACGGUGAAUAUCUCCUGCAAAAAGUAUCCACUGAUGAUUCUCGAAAUCCAACACAUACUUUGUCCGUUCUUCAUUUUACUUAUGACGAAUGGGGCUGGAAAAAUUCGCCCCAACCUCAAUUUUAUGACUACUGUUCUUGGAUGAAGAGAUCUAUCACACGUGGACAUCCCGUGAUGUUUAUCGUCUAUCUCCUCUAUAUGCAUGCAGAGGACUAUGAUCAUAUUAUGCCGGCAAUCGGUGUUCGAUUUAGAGAUGAAAAUCAAUACGAUCCAGAGGAUGUGCUUAUCUACUACAAUCUCUUUCACCAGAAACAAAUUCAACGCAAAAUGAGUAAAAAUGAUUUGGCAGCGACAAGAAAAACAUGUCGGAAACAUUGUGGUGAAGGUGGAUGUGUACCAUUCGAUGUCGACUAUGGAAUCGCUGUAACAGGCAUUUUGGACGAAGAUCAUGUGACAUUACCUGUACGUCUGUCUGUUUCUGCAUGGAAUGAACCGAAUCCACACCCUGCUUAUAAUGAAAAUCCCACCGAGAUGGAUGGCAUCGUGACUAUACGUAACUUAAACGUUGGCAAAUCGUAUGUUCUUCUCCGAUACUCAUCUUAUGAAUAUGUACCAACGAAGGGUAACGUGGAUGAUUUUCUGUUAUCGAAUUUUGAUGAGAAACAUGAAUUUAUGGCAAACGAUACGAUCUAUAUUUAUGCAGAUCCAAAGAAAAUUCCGUCCACAGGAUCAGUUUAUUAUCGAUGUAUUCCGCAACCUGAAUAA